UAUUGUUUACAAAUGCCAUAAUUAUCAUUGCACUUCAAAUUUAUGCAAUUGUUUGAAAUAUGUUUCCGCUACAUCUGUCACCAAUUGGCAUUACCAGGAAAACAUUGCUCGUUAAUUGAGGAAUCAUUUGCAAAUGAAAAUAUCGCACAUGUUACAUUGCUAUGAUGUCAAAGUUUGUCAUUUUCAUUAAGUGAACUUCACGGAACAUAAAAACAUACUUAUACAAUGAUAAUUAGAAAAAUGUGGCUGUCCUUGCAUAUUUAUAACAAUGCAGAUGCAAUGGACAAUGCAAUUACUUUUUGUUUCGCAUUGUUGAUUAUGCUUCAAAUGCUUGUACCUGUAUCAAUGAAUAUCUGUAAAGGAAUAGAUGGACAAUAUUGCUGUGACGGGUACAGACGGGUUCAAGAUAAAUGUAUAGCCUGUGAAAUUGGAUUAUAUGGAAAAGAUUGUGGCACCAAGUGUCGUUAUCCCACGUUUGGACAGGACUGUCAAUCUUUGUGUAACUGUACUGUCACUAACUGUGAUUAUGUUAAAGGAUGUGAACAGUAUAUUGGGGACUAUCAGAUUCAUUCUACACUGCACUUGAUUUACAACACUGUCACAGAGGAGCGAAUAGGUCCUUCCAAUCUUUCUGAAGAAUCUACAACGCAUUCCAAUACUUCUAAAUGUGAUGCAAAGAAAACAUCUAAUAAAAGUAUCAAUUAUCUACUGUAUCCAAUAUCAGGACUAACAGCAGUAUCUUUCAUCAUAUAUAUGGUUUAUCUUAACACACGAUCUUUAGAAAAACGUCUAGUGAAAACAAACACAGUAUAA